AAUAAAAUAAACCCUCACACCUCAUAACCAUAACCCCCCUUCCCCGUCUCUUCUUAAUCUUAACCACGGUCCGGUUACAACCUUGUACGGCUCGUGCUCCUCUCCGCGACCCGAACCGGACGCACGCAAUCUGUCCACAACAACACCAACAACCGUGAAAAUCUUCAUUGCCUCUCUCUCUCUCUCUCUCUCUCUCUAUCUCUCUCUUACUUUUGCUUGUGUGUUGUCACGCGUUUUAUUCUCUCCUCUCUCUCUCCUUUUUAAUCAUUCUCCACUUGCGCUCCGUUUCUCGCCGGCGAUUGUCUCAGAUCAAUCGCCGCCUACUUCGCCUGGCCGUUCAAUUCAAACUCUUGCUGGCGCGUGCGGUCAUCUCCUGAACCCGAGGAUCUCACCGUUGAGGUUCUGCGGGGUAAUGUGCAUCAGAAUUCGAGGCUCCGGCGUUGCUGCUCGGUGGGCUCCGAAUUCGGAACGCUGCGGCGGGUUUGGAUCUGGAAUUGGUUUCGGAAGGGGAAAUUGAAUUGACGGGCUUAGGGUUUGGCGAGGGGUGCAUUUAUGAAGGAGGUGCUGUUGGGUGGGGGAGAUAAGAUUGAGAGGAAGAAAGCGAGGGUGGUUUGGGAAGGGUUGAUGAUGAUGGGUCUCAAAGGGGAGAGUAACAACAAGCUGAGGAAUUCGAUGGUGGUGUCAUCGUCGUCGUCGAGGAUGAAGCUGUGGAUGAUACGUGCGACCACAUCGGUGUUGCUAUGGACCUGCGUCGUUCAGUUAACGGCGUUGGGUGACGUGUGGGGGCCUAGAGUCUUGAAAGGGUGGCCUUCGUGUUUCACUUACGAAUCUGCGCUCACUGAGUUGCCGUCUUCUACCCCUGUAGUGCUCCCACCCAAGAGGGUGUAUAAGAACAAUGGUUACUUGAUGGUGUCGUGCAAUGGAGGACUGAACCAAAUGAGAGCAGCGAUAUGUGACAUGGUGGCUAUUGCAAGGUAUUUAAACGUGACACUUAUAGUGCCUGAAUUGGAUAAAACGUCCUUUUGGGCUGACCCCAGUGAGUUCCAAGACAUCUUUGAUGUGGAUCAUUUCAUUACAUCCUUGAGGGAUGAGGUUCGGAUAUUGAAAGAGUUGCCUCCUAGACUGAAGACGAGAGUGGAGAAGGGAUUACUUUACACCAUGCCACCGAUUAGUUGGUCUGAUAUAUCAUACUAUAAGAACCAGAUUCUACCUUUGAUACAAAAGUACAAAGUCGUCCAUUUAAAUCGAACCGAUGCUCGGCUGGCCAAUAACGAACAACCUUUGGAGAUUCAGAGGCUGCGAUGCAGAGUCAAUUUUAGUGCUCUCAGAUUUACUUCUCAGAUUGAGGACUUAGGCAAAAGGGUGAUCAAACUUCUGAGGCAAAAAGGCCCAUUUCUGGUGCUUCAUCUCAGGUAUGAAAUGGACAUGUUGGCAUUUUCAGGCUGUACACAAGGUUGCAACAGUGAUGAGGUGGAAGAGUUGACAAGGAUGAGAUAUGCUUAUCCUUGGUGGAAAGAAAAAAUAAUUAAUUCUGAUUUGAAGAGAAAGGAUGGUUUGUGUCCUUUAACACCUGAGGAGACUGCUCUUACACUUAGGGCCCUUGACAUCGAUAAAAACAUUCAAAUCUACAUUGCAGCUGGGGAAAUAUACGGUGGAAACAGGAGAAUGGCAAGUCUUGCGGAGAACUAUCCAAGACUGGUCAGAAAGGAAACACUGUUGGAACCAUCGGACCUUCAGUUCUUCCAAAAUCAUUCCUCUCAGAUGGCAGCAUUGGAUUACCUUGUCUCACUAGAGAGUGAUAUUUUUGUUCCUACAUAUGAUGGAAAUAUGGCCAAAGUAGUUGAGGGACAUCGGAGAUAUCUUGGGUUCAAGAAGACGAUUUUGUUGAACAGAAAGCUCCUAGUUGAUUUGAUAGAUCAAUACCAUAAUGGAGAAUUGAACUGGGAGGAAUUCUCUUUAGCUGUGAAGGAAGCUCAUGCUGAUCGCAUGGGCAGUGCAACUAAAAGAUGGGUAAUCCCUGACAGGCCCAAAGAAGAGGACUAUUUCUACGCCAAUCCAGAGGAAUGUUUAGAACUAUCAGAUGGUAUGUUGAGCAGUACGUGAGUGAUGUGUUUGGAAAUAAGAGAAUUUACUUGUUCCCUCUCGUGGGUUUUCUACCACAGAUAUUAAGAUAGGUCUCCAUGAAGUUUAGCAAAGAUGAUGACAGUUUUUUUGUACCGAAGAGGCAGUCCUAGUGACUGUUCGAAGGGGGAGGGGAUAGGCUUAUCAUGAAAGCUCGAGAAGGUCAAGCAAGGUAGCCGAGGGAUACUUUAUAUAUAAAAGUUGCAAAUAAUCCAUCACAUUCAUGUAUAGAAGCCACACCCUGCAAUUACAGGGUGAGAGCAGAUCAAACUGCAUUGUACACGGAGGGAUUCAUAUACAAAUUUGGAUUCAGGAACUGCAGUUCGUGGAAGCGUUAUUCCUUGGUACCAAAAUUUUUCCUUCUCUUCUAGAUAUAAAUAUAGUACAAUUACAAAUAUUUUUUCCUUUACCACCCUUCUUUUUAUUUAACACGAUCAUUGUCAGUUUUCGAAUUAAUCUCGCUGUAUAAUUUGUUUGUUCAUGAUUAUUCUGUCCUAAUUUCUUAGCUUUUGGUCAUUAUUAAUAAGGGAAAGUGGUAGGUUGGACA